AUGUCCAAUAAAACGAAUCGGAAAGUACAAUACUUGUCGGGAGUUUGCGCGGCGUACGUAUUUACGUUCACCGGAGCAACUUUGGGGUGGUCGUCACCCGCAAUACCCAAGUUUCUAAAUGGCGAGGCGAAUGUGGCAAUUACAUCGACAGAGACAUCAUGGGUGGUAUCCCUGCAUUCCGCGGGGGCAUUGCUUGGGUGCUACAUUGGUAAAGUGCUCAACGAGAAUGUGGGCCGACGACGCACGUUAACUGGCUCAGCUGUACCAGCCGUGUUAGGUGCGAGUAUAAUGAUUAUGACAGUUACACCUUGGUUGAUGUGUAUUGCGAGGUUUCUAAUGGGAUCUGCUACCGGUAUUAUAGCUGUGGUUACAAUGAUAUACGUAACAGAAAUAUCCGAUAAAGAAAUAAGAGGGUCUUUAGGAAUGACUAUUCAAGUGAUGAACAAUUUGGGCACUCUUACUGUGUACAGCAUUGGGCCUUUUGUCUCCUACACUGCCCUUAACGCGAUAAUACUCUCAAUACCAAUAUCUUACGCAAUACUGUGUUCUUGGAUACCCGAAUCUCCUUAUUAUCACUUAAAGGAUGGAAGAAUUGAAGCCGCGAAAAAAGUGUUCUUAAAGCUAAAAGGCACUACAGAUGAAAAGUUGAUAGAAGAAGAGAUGAGCGCAAUACGAAUACAUGUAAGAGAAAGUAUGGAGAAUAAAACAACGUUCAAGGAAUUAGUGACCAAUAUAAAGUAUAGAAAAGCCAUAUACAUAGUGUUAGGGUUAAAAUUGUUGCAGUACAUGACGGGAAUUCUGGUGAUACAGUCAUACUUAGAGGUGAUAUUUAGACAAACUAGUUUCAUUUCGGGACCAAUCUGUAGUAUCGUGUAUGGAUUUGUACAACUGGCAGCAGGAAUAUGCGCGACGUUUCUCACAAGGUGGGUUGGGCGUCGAACCCUCAUGUUCACAUCCUGCCUCGGCGUAUCUGUCGCCAUGACUUUAGUCGGCCUCUACUUCUACCUACGAGACGCGGUUCACGUUACCCCGGAGACAUUGCAAGCGAUAAGCUGGUUACCUGUAACUGGUAUCGUUGCUUUUAAUAUUUUAUACGCCAAUGGUAUUGGAAAUUUACCGUACGUGAUGCAAGCAGAACUUUUUCCAGUAAACGUCAAAGGAAUAGCGUCCAGUUCCGCCACCAUGUUGGCCUGCAUACUCGGUUUCAUCGUGACCAAAUGUUACCAACAAGUGAAAGAUGCAUUCGGCGAUCACGUCGUAUUCUGGUUUUUCGCCUUAGUAGGCUAUACGGGCCUAUUUUUCAUAUAUUUCUUUGUGCCGGAAACGAAAAGCAAAACUUUAGAAGAGGUUCAAGAUGAUGUACAAAAUCGCCUAGAAGAAGAAGCAUUCAGUAGCGCAAUGGAGAGAGAAGAAAUUAAAUCGUUAAGCUGA